AUGCGCCGAUUGCAGGGACGUGCGCAGGCUCGGAAAAGCCAUCAUAUAGUCUCGAGUUCGGGCGAUGCGCCGCAGACUCAUCCCAGCUUGGCCGGCGAAGGCGUAACAUCCGCAAAGAAAGUGGGUCUGCGGUACCGGGAUGUAUUUGUAUGCGCCAACGCGGUGGACCCCGCGAAACUCUUACGAGCUACCAGGGACAGGUUGCUGGAAAUGGCGGAGAGUAUCGGAGCGAAUGCCCUUGUAGACGAAAGGUGGGAAAUGACCGUCUGUGGGCCGAAGCAUAGGAACGACGGCAGCUUUCGAGUAUACGUGGAGUACUCUGCAAAGGCUGCACGCGCCGCUAUUCCAGACCCUCGCAAACCUGUCGCGCUUCAGAAUGCGAAGGGUGUCCCUGGCCUCAUGACCAUCACCCACAGGGACGAAUAA